CUGUCCAAGGCAUUAUUUAUAUUUAAGUCAAUAGUUGUGUAAUUUUAAUUAUAAAAAUAAAAAUAACACAACAGUGCGCUACGUUUACGGACUUCGUCGUUUUGAUAGAAUCUCCCAAUAUGUUAUACAAUUUCUGGGUAUGUCCUUUGUACACUUUUUGACUAAGCAAAAAAGUCCUUUUAAAUCAGAAAUUAAAUAAUUUCACAAUGAAAAAUUUGCACUACUAGAAAACUUUACUUGCUCCUUUCAUCUUCAUUGAUCGUUUUUAAGGAAAAAAUAACUCAGAAUUAAAAUAACAAUAAGCAAUAUCACCCCAAAUAACAAAGAAAAAAUCUUUGAGAAUAAAAUGUUGGCCAUGAGGCAACUUAGUCAAGAGAUGAUUUUAUUUUUUUGUUAGUAGUAGGCUUGCCAGAUUUUUAGGAGCUACUUUCGUAUAAAUAUUUCUUAACGCAGAAGGAGAUGACCAAUUUGUAGGCCAAUGGCGCAUGAGAUGGGUAUUAGAUAAGAACUAAAUCUGAGCUGCACACAAAUGCAUAAUUCUUUUAAAUGAGUUUUGUAGACUCAGAUAUAUUUCAGUUGAAUGUAAAAACCCUGAAAAAAAAUAAGAUUCAGAAUGUGGGAAAACCAAUUAUUUCACCCCUUCCAAUUUGGUAGUAAUUAACAAAGCCUUCAUUGGUCCGAAACUUCAUUUUAACUCUCAUAUUUAGUAGUUGCCCACAAUUGAAGCUUAGAUUUCUUAGAAAGUAUAUGUAAAUAUUUUGAUCUACUAGUUAUGUUGUGUAAGUAGAUACAUGAUUGAAGUAUUCACCAUUAUUGCGAUACUCGUUUCACGUCCUAGUUUGUUUUUUAGUCGUGUCGGUUUUCGGACGGUAUUGCAAACUUCAACUAGCCUACUAGUUGCUCAUACAUUCCAUAUGCGAUCCUUUGAAACAGCUGAAAUGAAUAAAUUAAUUGCACUUUUAAAUUCACUGAACAGCCAUUUUUUUUUUAAUUUAUUCACUAAAUUACUACUUUUGAAUUCACUGAACAUCGGUUUUUUUAAUUUAUUUACUAAAUUAUUACUUUAAAACUUAAGUUUUACUAUUCAGUAAACAAAAAUGUAUAGUGUAGCCAGAUAUUUUUCAUGGAAAGAUGUCGAGGAAGAAAGAAGAUUACAAAUCAUAGCUUCUCAGAGAUUUAGUUUGGCUUGUUAAUGAACUUUCUCUAAGUCUAGAAGCAGAUAAUUCUGUUUACAAUAAUGACCAAACAGUUGUUGAAUAAAAAUAAUGGACCUCAUUUAAAAAUCAUUUAAGCAAAUAAGCUACGAGUACAAUGUAGCAAUUUAAAAGAAUUAAAAUUAUAUAAUAAAAAAUAAAGAAAUUGAAUUUAAUUGUUUCCAUAAUCCUCAUUUAUCUUAUACAAUUAUUUUUUGCUGGCGUUGCCCUUCAUCCCAUUCUAUUCGAUGUGUUUUUGUCUCUUAGGUCCUCUUGACUUUCUAUACGUUGGAGUGUAACUGCAAGACCUUUUGUAGCUCUAAGUGCCGAUUUAUUGGAAGUUUGUUCACAUUUCAGCAAGUGUCCGAAAUCAGAUCAUUUUAAGGAGCGGUGUUUUCUUGGUUUGAUGUGGAGUUCACGAGCAGCAAAAUCAUAGGAAACGUCUGCCACAAAACGAUCUACAACAAAGCGAAAAACGUCAAUUGGCGUUGAACGCCAUAAGUAAUGCCAAAUACGUCUGUCGUAUUUUCCAACGACUGUUGCAAUAAAUCUGAUUAUUGCGUUCGAAUAUUCCUCAAUUAUUUUAUCGAUAUUAAUUAAAUAUUCAUUAAAAGCAUCACCCGUAAAUAAUUUAUCAGUAACAUUACAAUUACUAAUAAUUAGAUUGCGAAAUUGUUUACUUCAAAGAUCUCUUUAACAAACUCUUACGUAUUUGUUGCUCUUCUCUCAAAUGGCCUUUGGCAGGAAAAAAUUGGUUUCGAUAAAAAGUAUCGCUACAGUUGGUAAUUUCUUUUUACAAAAUAUUGACACACUAAAAUGAAUGCUAAAUCUUUCUCACUUUAAAGUAAAUAAAUGCACGAAGAAUUUUUUUAAAUAUAAAAAGCUAAAGUAAAAAAUACAAAAAUGCGGGUUCCACAAUUUUAUGUGCGUUCCAACGUUCACAUGACAAACUUGGACAGUGCUAUUAAUAGGUUACUGGUAAACGAGAGUCUCAUCGAUGUUACACUGUCUUGUGAUGGUCAUAGAUUUCAAUGUCAUCGUCUAGUUCUAGCAGCAGCUUCACCGCUUUUCGAAGGACUAUUAAUGGAACAUCCUAAAGAACAUCCCAUAGUUAUAAUUCCAAUGGGAGUUAAAUGGCAUAUUUUAAAGUCACUUAUAGAUUUUAUGUAUCGCGGACAGAUUUAUAUAGAUCAAGCUGAACUUAAAACACUCAUUGAAAGUGCUGAACUUCUUCAAGUUAUCGGAUUAUAUGACCCACAAACACAAUUCCGAGAAAUCUGCAAUGAGGAUGAUGGUGAAGUGAGUUCACAUAAUAACACAACUUUUAGUAACAACGAUGGAAAAGACGAGGAGGAAGAAAAACACAUUCAAACUAUGUCUGAUCUAAUUGAGAAUCAUAGAGAACAAGAGGACAGUGGGGAUCAAUACCAAGAUGGAAGUCAGGAAAAUAGUGACAUUAGUAAUGAUAAAGAAAACAUAGCAGACGAAGAAAAUUACGUUAACAGACCUAUUGAGAGAAUAGUUGAUUUUAUCGAAAUUGACGAUAGCCAAGAUGAAUCUGCUUUAUCUCCUAAUGAAGACGAAGAUUGCACUCCUACCAAUGAUCAAAUGGCGUAUGAAGACCAGCAUGGAGAAGCCAGUGAAAACAGUUGUUUGCCUAUAUCCGAUGAAAAUCAUAGUGAAACAAAUGCAGGUGAUCCAGAAAUUGAAGAAAAAAAACUUUUGGGAAGUGAUAUACUUGAGAGCGUGCCAACAUUGACAGUAACAGAAAAAAUUGUAACAUCACCGAUAUCGAUUGAAACAAUCCCCACCAUUAGAGUAAAACCGACGAUUAAGCUUAUAAAUUUAUUCAAACUAAAUCGACCAGGUCAGCCAAACGGAAAUCAUUCACCAUCGAAUGUUCCCUGGACUUAUAUUCAUAUACCAGCGCAGUCAGGUUCCAAUGUACAAUCGCCAAGCACACAGGUUCCCCUCAGCGCUAAUAUAGCAACGUUGCCAUGGCCAAAGGAUUCAUUGCCGCAAUUGACGCCGGUGGCGACAACAGUUCUUACUAAACCUGUGCAAAAGAAUAAUGAAUCGAUAUUGGAAUAUGGUAGGGUGGUUCCAUCGUUUUUAAAAUUCGAUAGCAAUUCGAUGGCUAUAUCGAUUAAGAAUCUUGAUCGCACUAAGGACCGCGAGAAGCUGAAUGUUCUUAAUAUGGCACUGGAAGCAGAACUACAAGAAAAUCAACCAUCCAUCCAUGCUAAUUCAGAAAAUGAAGAUGAAGACGAAGUAAAACAAGAUGAUAGUGAAGAUAACCAGCUUAAAGAAAUACUAGAUGAAGAUAAGAAUCAUGGUAUUAAGCAGGAAAUUCAAGUGAAAAUGGAACCAAUGGAGUUUGAUAAUAAUCAGGAUAACAAAACGGAAACAGAGAAUAUCAUUUGCCAACCGAAUGUAUCUUAUAUGUAUGAUGGUCAUGAAUAUGGUAAGGACGUUUCUGAAAAUGUUGAUGACGAUGAAGAUGGUGUAUGCAUUGAUUAUGAUCGUUUAGUUGCUGAAACCUAUGGCAAUGUACAAAAAAAUCCUCAAAAAUUGAAAAAUAAAGCAAACACAAAAUUUAAAAAAUCUACAAAAGUGAAAAGAUCUUCAGCAGCCACAGAAAAUAGCACCAAUAUACCGCCGACGCACCAAUUUACAGCGCUGGAAUCAACAAAUACCCAUCAUCAUCUUCAUCAACGUUUUAAGGAUCCGCCAACUUUAGUACCACUUUCGGUUGUCAAUGCCGGCCAUGGACCAAAGCAUUUAUAUUAUCAUCAAAACAAAAAUAACCCCAAUAUGGAUAUAGAAGAGAAAAUAAAUAAAGGUUUUAGUAAAAAUCUAUCACUAUUUGGAAAAACAACGGCAUCGACAGAUUCACCAGAUCCACGUACACAAAAUUCGGUUAUUUUAAGGAAUCCCAGAUGUAAUCAGCCAAGGCAUUAUAGUAAUGAGUCAUUGUAUGCUGCUCUGAUGGCUGUGAAAUAUGGAGAUAGUAUUUAUAGAGCAUCUCGUCUUCAUCAAGUACCAAGGAAAACCCUACGUAAUUGGAUGAAACGAUGGGAUAUUAAAUCACAAUAUCCAAUGCCAAAACAGCUAAAAGACGCAGCUAAAAAGAAGAAACUCAACCAAGCUCAAAAUGCUUGACUAUCGGGUGAGGCUGCACAAACAGCAGCUAAUGGUUUAACAACUAAAACAGCUAGAAAGCGAACAUCGCCAAGGACCUGUACUGUUACAUCAGCAACAGCAACACUAACGACAUCUGCAAAUGGUCGUAUGUUUGACAUCUGUAAUACAUUUUCGUUGUAAAUAUCUUGCUGGUGGUACAAAAUGCAUGAGGUAUUGGCAUUGCGCAAUAUGGGCAUAAAUUGAAGUCAACUGUAAAGACAUUUUUUUUAAUAAAAGGAGGGGUUUUCUAUCUAAAUUUUAAAAAGCUUUAAUUAUUAUUAACACAUACUUUUUGUCAUAAAAGCGUUAAAAUAUCUUGUGAAUUAUUGGGCGAUGUGCAAAUCAAAGCAAAAAAAGAUUUCCGCCUUUAUUAUAGUUCUUUUAAUAUCUCACGAAAACGAGGCGAGAAAAUAUGGGUUUUGUAAAAUGACUCAUUUGCUGUGUAUAAUUAUAAAGUAUAAAGCCCAUUCGUGUGUAUGUAUAAUAAAAUUCAUAUUUUAUGAUUAAACCACUCAAGUCUGAUGUCAGUUUUUUUUCUAUAAAUGUAUAUUGUAUAUUGUGGCUUAGAACCAAAUAUUGAAAUAUGUCUAGUCUUUUAUUAUUUGUUUGUAAGUUUUUGUUUGUUUUUAUCUAAGUUACUUAGUGUUUUAUUUUUAUGCUUGAUUCUAAUUAUUAUAUAAUAUUCACUUUGUUUUUCAUUAAAAUAAAUAUUUUGUAAUGUGUGUAAGUGGAUAACUAAAAACUCACAGAAAAAUAGCUUCAAAUUAAAUGUACAAGUAUUUAGCACUUUAAUGGAAAACAGUUAAAUGCGCAUUGAUUCCAUAACCAUAGAAAGUUAUGGCUUCUCAGUUGAAAACUAUGAGUUUGCAUUUACAAAACAUAUUAUUUAAGGUAUAUACAUUUUUGACCUUACUCUGAAAACAACCUUAUAAAUGACUUAUCAAACAAAAUUUAAAGGUACAAUUUAUAUUAUUAAGAUAAUCGUUUAAGAUUUCCGUGUGGAACAAAAACAAUUAAUUUAUUAUUUUUGAAUACUUUAAUUUAUUUUUAAUCUUAAUAGAAACGACUAAUUUCAAGAAUUCUCUAUCGAUUACCAAGCAUAUAUGUAUGGUUAAUUUUUCAAAUGUGGAUGUACAAAACUCACGUAAUCAUGCCAAAAUGAUGCCAUGAUGAUACAAACAAAGAUUUAUAACAAUUGUAUCCUGAAGGAUUUUUAAUUAUAAAACCUAGAAAUUAUUAAUAAUUUAAAUUUUGAAAUCACGUAAAAUAGAUUAAAAAAACUUUGUUAUUUAUCUAUUGAAGUAUCUUAUAAGAAGUAGAAAACACUGUAAAAUAAUGUAUGGACGUUUUUGUGGUAACUUAAAAAGAAAGUAUGUAGUAUAUUCAUGUCCUAUUAAAAAAAGUCAAAUUCAAGAAAAUUG